AUGGCGUCUGAGUACAGUUUUCUACUUGUUCCAUCAACUGGUUAUUCCUCAACCGGAUUGAGCUUUGAGGCUUUGAUGUGUUUUCUUGUGUUUCUUGCUCUGUUUUCCUUCUGGCUGACCCCUGGUGGACUUGCAUGGGCGAUUUCGAAGGUCCGAGCUCGAGCCAGAGCCGCCAUUCCGGGCCCCUCUGGUCUGCCGGUUCUGGGAUUGGUUUUCGCCUUCACUGGCUCUCUUACUCAUCGAGUUCUGUCGAAGAUUGCUCUGAGGUUUAAGGCUACUCGUUUAAUGGCUUUCUCUGUUGGGUUCACACGUUUCAUCAUCUCAAGCCAUACUGAGACAGCCAAGGAGAUUUUGAACAGUUCUGCUUUUGCUGAUAGGCCUGUUAAAGAGUCUGCCUAUGAGCUUCUGUUCCACAGAGCAAUGGGUUUUGCUCCAUAUGGAAUGUACUGGAGAAAUUUGAGGAGAAUUUCAGCUACCCAUUUGUUUUGUCCCAAAAGAAUAGCCUGUUUUGGUAACAUCAGGAAUGAAAUCGGCCUCAAAAUGGUGAACCAAAUCGAGCUUUCCAUGGAGAAAAAUAACCAUGUCGAGGUGAAAAAGACUCUUCAUUUUGGGUCCUUAAACAAUGUGAUGAUGACUGUUUUUGGAAAGUGCUAUGAAUUCAACGCUGAAAAUGAUCAAGAUGGAGCCUUGCUCGAGAGUUUAGUGACUGAAGGCUAUGAAUUGCUUGGGAAAUUCAACUGGACUGAUCAUUUUCCUAUUCUUGGCUGGCUUGAUUUGCAAGGACUGAGAAAAAGAUGCAGAAAUUUAGUAGCUAAAGUUAACAUCUUUGUAGAGAAUAUCAUUGAAGAACACAGAUUGAAGAGGACAGAAAAUAGAAGUUUAGCAGAUUCCGAUGAUUUUGUUCACGUUUUGCUUGAUUUGGAGAAGGAAAACAUGCUGUCUGAUUCAGACAUGGUUGCUGUUCUUUGGGAAAUGAUUUUCAGAGGGACUGAUACUGUGGCCAUUCUUUUGGAAUGGAUACUGGCUAGAAUGGUUCUUCAUCCUGAUAUUCAAGCCAGGGCUCAAUUUGAACUUGAUACUAUUGUUGGGACUAAUAGAACAGUGACUGAUUCUGAUCUCCCUAAACUGCCCUAUCUUCUAGCUAUUGUGAAGGAAACCCUCAGGGUGCACCCUCCUGGUCCCCUCCUCUCGUGGGCCCGUCUUGCAAUUCACGAUACUUAUGUAGGACACCACUUCAUCCCAGCUGGCACUACGGCCAUGGUUAAUAUGUGGGCCAUAACGCACGACCAAAAGGUCUGGUCCGAGCCAAAUGCUUUUCGCCCCCAAAGAUUUCUUGAUGAGGAUUUUUCCAUCAUGGGGACUGAUCUUAGGUUGGCACCUUUUGGUUCCGGGAGGAGGGUUUGCCCCGGUAAGACGAUGGGCCUUUCUACUGUCCAUCUCUGGCUAGCACAAUUGCUUCAGAAGUUCCAGUGGGUGGCUUCGGAUAAUGGAGUCGACUUAGCCGAAUGCCUCAACUUGUCAUUGGAAAUGAAGCAGCCAUUGGUGUGCAAAGCUAUUCCUAGGAUUUCUUGA